AUUUAACAUUUUAUAUAUAAAUCAAAGAAAAAUCUCAUCCCCAGAUUUCUAAUCUUUCUCUAGGGUUUUAGCUGUUUGGGUUUUGUUUUAAUUUUGGUUUCUCACUUCUUGUUACUGUUUUGUCUUAACGAAGAACAGGAAGAGUGAAAACUUUGGGUUUCGUGAGAAAGAACCUCGUUAAAGCGUUUGUGAACGCGCGAUUUUAUGUCGGCUGGGUUUGAAUCAAAAGCUCUGAUUUCAUCUCUGAUUAACAACAACAUCUCUUGUCCGAUUCCAUCAUCUGCUUGUUCGAACUCUGGUCUGGCAAACUCUCUUCACUUCUGCUCUAAUAAGCAGAGGCUUGUUCUCGAGAUUCCCUCUCUUUCCAUGCGCUUAAGGCCCAAAAGGACUUGUUCUGGCGUUGAAGUGUUCGGUGGUUUUCACAUAAAGCAGCAAAAGUUCUCUUUUUUCAUAGUUCGCUGAGUUUUUUUUUAAUUAGUUUUAUUACAGAGAGUUUUGAGUGAUUCUGUUCUGUUUUUGUGUUUCUUCUUCUGGGGUGUUUUUGAGGAUUUGGGGUUUUGUGUUAACGACAAGAAUGGUAGCGAUUAGGAAACGUGUUAUGAAGAAGAAACCAAAGAGUGAGUCCAAUCCUCAAGAAACCCAACUUUUCUCGAAAGUGAGGAUCAUCGUCUCCGAUCCCUACGCAACUGAUGAUUCCUCCAGCGACGAGGAGGACGAGAUGAACCCUAGGCCUCGUCCCGUGAAACGCAUUGUCCGUGAGAUUAACUUUCCACCUCGUGAUGACGAGCCAUCUUCUCUGUGUUCUUCAGGGGUUACUACUAAAACCUCCACCAGCAAGAGAGCGUCGUCCGCGGCGGCGGCUAGGCUGGCUGCUUCUCGUGCUAGGUUGGUUAACAAGCCCGUUGGCGUUAGGCUGAGGAAGUGGGGGAAGUGGGCCGCUGAGAUAAGACAUCCCAUCCUCAAAACGAGGAGAUGGUUGGGUACUUUUCUUACUCAAGAAGAUGCUCAUCAGGCUUAUAAAAAGAAGAGGAGAGAGUAUGAUGAACUUCUCGGCAUCGUUGUUGAUCCCGUCCCUGCUGUGUCCGUGGAAGAUGCUAAACCUGAUGAUGGCUCUUCAACUACGGAGCAAGACACUCCCGAUUCAGCUCUUAAAGAAGAGAUCAAGAUCUCUACAAAUGAUGGUGUUGAUGAUUUGAGCAAAGAAUUGUUGCUUGAUUUCAACUUUGCUGAUCUACAGAUUCCUGAUCUUGGGUUCUGUAAUGAUGGUGGUGGACCAAUGGGUGGUGGUGGGAAUGAGCUUGGUUUAGACUUUGAUUGUUUCUUCACUGAUGAUCAGCUUGAUGAUUUUGGUUUGCUUGAUGAUAUUGGAUUUGAAAACAGUGGUCCGAGUGCGUUGCCGGAUUUCGACUUUGCAGAUGUUGAGCUUGACCUGUCUGGCUCGAGUUUCCUGGAUCAUUCCUCGCCCCUCAACAUCACUUGCCCCAUGAAAAGUUUUGCGACUUGAAAUAAUAGUUUGAGUUUUAUGUUUUUUUUUGCUUUGGGUAUCUUUGAUAAAGACAUACAAAGAAGAGAAGUGUAUGUUCCGGAGAGGGUAAGAUCGUAAGAACAAUAAGUAGCCGGGUUUUGCCUUUAGGAGUUUUGGUUUAUUUAAUUUUUUGUUCUAGAGGUGAAGAUAAUAAAAGUAUUGAAUGGUUAAAGGCUUUAA